UGCAACACCUGACACUUACCAUACAUCGGCAUCGGCAUCAAGCAAGCUAGCUGUGUAGCGGCUAGCGAACGUGUGUGUGCAAAUGGCGGCGACGACGCGCAGCGCCUGUGUCCUGGCGCUGGCCCUGGCGGUGGUCGCCGUGGCCGCCACCACCACCACCAUGGCCCAGAACUCGCCGGAGGACUACGUCGCCGCCCACACCGCCGCGCGCGCGGAGGUGGGCUUAGGGCAGGUGUGGUGGGACCAGAACCUGGCGGAUUACGCGGAGUGGUGGGCGAACCAGCGGCGCGGCGUCUGCGGGGGACACUCUGGUGUGGUCGGCUACGGCGAGAACACCUACUGGGGCCCCGCCGGCUGGCCGUGGUCCGGGGUCGACGCCGUGAACCUGUGGGUGGACGAGAAGCAGUACUACGACUACGACAGCAACAGCUGCUGGGGCCCCUACGGGUGCGGCCAUUACACGCAGGUGGUGUGGCACGACUCCACGCUCAUCGGCUGCGCCCGCGUCGAGUGCGACAACGACCUCGGCGUCUUCAUCACCUGCAACUACUACCCGCCGGGGAACUGGGACAACCAGCGCCCGUAUCUGGCUGCAAGUUCUGCGGCUUAAGUAUGCACUGAUGCUGCUGCUGCGAUGGAUACGAUCCAGGAGCCAUCAUGCUACUCCAGAGGUUCCAUCGAGUCCAUGUCUAUGUCUGAUAAUCAGACUCUGAUUGCGCGUUUUUGUAGCAAGCAGUGGGUGCUGCAUGUCUGCACUUCAGCUCCUGCCUGUAAUACUGUACAGUACUAUGUAUUCCCAUGUUGUUCGUCUGCAAUAAAGUGCUCUGGAUCUUUGUUUGUA